AAUAUCCCGCCCUUUCGCUCCGCGGUUUGUUUUUUGAAGAGCGCGCCCACCAUUUUCCUCUCUUUUCGCUCUCUCUCUAGCCCAACCCCUCGACCCCCUCUCUCUUUCCAUUUCUCACUUUCUUCGCCGCCGAUCACCUAAGCUAAGCCACUUCGACAAACCGUCCUUGGAGCUUCUUCUAUCUAUCAAGCCCUAAAAAGAAACAACAAAUUCGUACUCAAAAAUAAGAAUGAUUGGCAUAAGUCGACAGCAAUCUGUAAGCUGUUUUAACAAAUUGGGCAUGGCAUAGAACAAUACUAAUGCUACUUUACAAGUCAGCUUAUACUUGUAAUGAGAUCAAUGUACUACGUAGCAGUGAAGUCAGAUGAAUUCAAGCAGGUCUUUUGUGUCAUGAUGCGGUUUCUGGGUGUCAAGGGACUUACCGGAAGUAGGCGAUUAACUUAUGACUAGGGAAAACCAUAUGAGGCAAAACCUAAGCAUUUCAGCUGAAGGGUUCAAGUGUGAUGAGAAACUUCCAAAAAUUAAUUGGUCUCAGCACGACAAGGCACACGAUAAUUUUUCAUGUCAGAAAAAGUUUUUGAGCUCAAAUUUCCUUUACUCAUUAGAAAAUCAAAAACCUCACAGCGAAGGUGUCAUGGCUAUGAGGUUAACCUGUCAAAUUCAGAGUUUUCAAAGAUUGCAGAGCCCACAAGUUGAAAAGGCUUGGCAUGCUCUUUCCUGUCUUCAGAUUUCCUGCAGGAACUACCUACAACCUGGGAAAACUGGUCCUUUAAAGAAUGCUAAUUUGUUGCAGGAUGUUGGGCAAAGACCUACAUUUUGUAGUUCAUCUGAUGGUGGCAAAUAUUCUGAGUGCUUGCAUGUACAUCAAAACUUUAGUGAAUCCGGUGCAAAGAAUAAUAAAUCUGAAAGGUAUAUGGGCAAUUACGUGCCACAAGACAAUGCGACAGCUGCUGAAACUGGAAAUGGUUUGCAAAGGCAAAGUCAGAUUAAAGCGUCAGCGGCUAACAAUACUGAGUCUAAAACUUUUUCUGGUUCUUUCAGUGAUCACAGUGUGUAUACUAGUCAUAAUAAAGAGUCUGCAGAAGCUUCGACUGAUUUUAUUGAUGAUGACGACCUACUUGGGAAUAUUGAUGUGGACCAAAUAGUUAUGGAACAUAACCAGUCUAAUUGCACUCCUCCAAAUUCCAAGUUUCCAUCUAUAACUCCAACUGCGGAUAAACAUAAUUUUGCAAGAUCAGACGAGAUGUUUUUGCCAACUGAAUUGUGCCAAAACUGCAAUCAUGGAUUUAAGCUAGGACUUUGUCCUGAAGCUGGGAAUCAUUUACAAGAAAUGAAGGACAUGCUAAUUGCUGUGUCAAAUGAACUACUUGACAAUAGUACCAACCUGAGUUCAGUGCAGAUAGAGAAACUUCGCCAAGAUAGGUUACAGUUGAAUAAGCAAAUUCAGCAGCUUGAGAGUUAUCUUCGUGAUAAGGAAAGGCAAAAGUCACAUUUCUCUGCUUCCACAGCGAAUCAAAAUUUCCAAUAUGAAACACCACAAUGUGCUGCUAACAAAAUAGAUCCUAUGAGAUUUGAUGCACAGGUUUAUUUAAGAAAUGAAUCUGGUGGUUAUGAAAGUUGGAAUACACCAUCAAUUUCAUUCUCUUCUGUAGAUAGGUUUGGCAUUUCAUCUGGUCCUAUAGAGAGGGAACCUUAUAUUCCAAAGUUUGUUGAAGUUAAUUAUAUUGAAGGUUCAAAUGACCCAAAGUGGAGCAGUACAAAUUUCCCUUGGACAACAAAGCUGGAGGCCUAUAACAAGAAAGUGUUUGGAAACCACUCUUUUCGCCCAAAUCAAAGGGAGGUUAUUAAUGCUACAAUGAGCGGAUUUGAUGUUUUCGUUUUAAUGCCAACUGGGGGUGGAAAGAGCCUGACAUAUCAGCUACCUGCUCUAGUUUGUCCAGGAAUAACCUUGGUAAUUUCACCUCUUGUCUCACUUAUUCAAGAUCAGAUAAUGCAUCUCUUGCAGGCGAAUAUAUCUGCUGCUUACUUAAGUGCCAAUAUGGAGUGGUCUGAACAACAGGAGAUUUUAAGGGAACUCAGUUCUGAUUAUUGCAAAUACAAGUUGUUAUAUGUCACACCAGAGAAAGUUGCCAAGAGUGAUGUUCUUUUACGAAAUUUGGAGAGCUUAAAUGCUCGUGGGUUGCUUGCCAGGAUUGUUAUUGAUGAAGCUCAUUGUGUGAGUCAAUGGGGACAUGAUUUUAGACCGGAUUACAAGGAACUUGGUAUCUUAAAGAAGAAGUUUGAGAAAACACCUGUGCUAGCUUUAACAGCUACUGCAACAGCCAGUGUAAAGGAGGAUGUUGUGCAAGCUCUUGGUCUUGUUGACUGCAUUAUUUUUCGGCAAAGUUUUAAUCGCCCUAAUCUGUGGUACUCUGUCGUUCCCAAGACAAAGAAGUGUUUGGAUGACAUUGACAAGUUCAUUAAAGAAAACCAUUUUGAUGAAUGUGGAAUUAUUUAUUGUCUUUCAAGGAUGGACUGUGAAAAGGUUGCUGAAAAAUUACAGGAAUGUGGACAUAAAGCAGCAUUCUACCAUGGGAACAUGGAUGCUGCACAACGUGCCUUUGUUCAGAAGCAGUGGAGCAAAGAUGAAAUCAAUAUAAUUUGUGCUACAGUGGCAUUUGGAAUGGGUAUCAACAAACCAGAUGUCCGCUUUGUGAUUCAUCAUUCUCUCCCAAAGUCUAUUGAAGGCUAUCACCAGGAGUGUGGUCGUGCUGGUCGUGAUGGUCUGCGCUCAUCUUGUGUGUUGUAUUAUAGUUACAGUGACUAUAUACGAGUCAAGCAUAUGAUUGUCCAGGGACAGAUAGAACAAAGUCCCUGGACUCCUGGGUAUAAUCGUAUUAACAAUACAAAUUCAGAUAGGAUACUGGAGAAAAAUACUGAAAAUCUUCUGCGAAUGGUCAGUUACUGUGAAAAUGAUGUUGAUUGUAGACGUAUCCUUCAACUUUUACAUUUUGGAGAAAAAUUCAACUCUGGAAACUGCAAAAAAACAUGUGAUAAUUGUUCCCAGAUUAAAGCUUUAGUGGAGAAGGAUGUUACCGAGACUGCAAAGCAAUUGGUUCAACUGGUCAAGUUAACAGGGCAGCAAUUUUCAUCAUCUCAUAUUCUAGAAGUCUACAGAGGCUCUUUAAACCAAUACGUCAAGAAAUACAGACAUGAGACUUUGAGCCUGCAUGGGGCUGGAAAACAUCUGUCCAAGGGUGAAGCUUCCCGAAUAUUGCGCCAUCUUGUGACUGAUGAUUUUCUUCAGGAGGAUGUUAAGAAAAGUGAUGUUUAUGGAUCUGUGUCAUCAAUACUUAAGGUGAAUGAAUCCAAGGCUUACAAUCUAUGCUCUGGCGGGCAGACUAUCAUUUUAAGAUUCCCUUCAACUAUGAAAGCAUCUAAACCGAGCAAAUUCGACGCGACUCCGGCAAAAGGCUCGCUGACAUCUGGGAAGCAAAGUCCUCCAGAAGUUGACAGUCCAGCACAAGCGCAACCUGAAGUGGACUUGCACCUCUCUGCCAUACUAUAUUCUGCUUUAAGGAUGCUGCGAACUCUCCUUGUCAAAGAGGCUGGGGAGGGGGUUAUGGCGUACCACAUAUUUGGUAAUGCCACACUGCAACACCUAAGCAAAAGGAUCCCCAGAACAAAGGAAGAACUACUUGAGAUCAAUGGAAUUGGAAAGGCUAAGGUAAGCAAGUAUGGAGAUCGGUUGCUAGAAACUAUUGAAUCUACAAUUAAGGAAUACUAUAAGACAGACAAGAAUAGCAGCAGUAGUAAUGGCAGCAAUGAUUCAGUAAAGAGGAGAAGAGAUGCCAGUAGGGCUCCAAAUGGAAAUGCAGAAGAGGCCGAUGACUUCACCAAAAGCACUGGUCGGUCGAAGAAAAGGGUAGCAAAGUUGCAGAACAAAGAUACUGACAUAUAUACUUCCAGGGAGACUAAUAACAGCCAAUGCCUGGAUGAUGACUUAGAUUUUGAGGAUUCAUGUCAUGAUUUUGAGACUAAUGGUUCAGCAAUAGAGGCUGGAAAGAAUGAUGCGGGAAGAGUGCUACCCUCAUGGUCAACACCAGGAAACAAGGUCAAAAGUUCAAUCCCAAAUUUGUAUCAACAAUAUGCUACGAAAAGCUAAGUGUAUUACUGUACUGUAUCCUAAAUUUAUUGUCCCUUUUCAAUAGAAAAAAAAAUUCAACCAACCGGGGCUCAACGUGUGCAGCUUUGCAUCUCAGUUAACUUCCUUGUUAGUGGCAAAUACCUCUUUUGUUCCUUCUCAUAUUAAGUUACAGUCUAUAACAUGAGAUUCUACCAUGAUAUGUAUAACAAAGAAAGAUCAAUCAUUUAAGGGCACGAUUUAAGGGA